CAGUCACAUACACAAAAAAGGAAACGUUAAUUGUUACAUUAAUCCUGAGCCGUGUUGCCUCGUCCUUCGUGUCGAAUACUUGUAAAAAGUAGUGUAUAUUUUACCAAAUGUGUGCCAAUAUAUAAAUACAGCUUUAAUUUAACUACGAACAUGGUAGUUAACUCCAAUGCAACUCGUGAAUUGAUUCAGCUCGCAAAAGUGACCUAGGGAGAAAAAUGCCUUUGUUGGUACAUUAGCUAGCUGGAGUUAGCUUCAGGUUGGGUAACUGACGCCAACAGGACAAGAAAAAUACUAAUGUCUAGCGAGUAAAUUUCGGGAGAACUGUCUCUCCAGACCUCUUUUUGUAACGACGGGUUUUGCCAGUGCCUUUAGCUACCUUCGAACAGCGUCGACGGUGUUUACACAAUGAAGAACUGCGAGUACCAGCAGAUUGACCCGCGAGCGUUGUCGGUGUCGCCGCUGUCUGUGCAGAACCACGCCGAGAAGAAAAUACAACGGCCACGUAGAAAAUGGGAAAUGUUUCCAGGGAAGAACAGGUUUUUAUGCGACGGACGGCUCAUUCUAGCCAGACAGAGCGGUGUCCUUCCUCUGACACUGGGCCUUAUUGUUGUCACUUGUGGCCUUUUCUUUGCUUUCGAUUGCCCAUUUCUGGUGGAGCAUUUGACAGUCUUCAUACCUGUGAUAGGUGGGGUGCUGUUUGUGUUUGUAGUCAUCUCCCUCCUAAGAACCAGCUUUACAGAUCCAGGCAUUUUACCCAGGGCCACCCCAGAUGAAGCUGCAGACAUAGAGAGGCAAAUAGAUACCUCAGGAUCCUCUACAUAUCGCCCCCCACCACGUACCAAGGAGAUCCUCAUCAAUCAGCAGGUGGUAAAGCUCAAGUACUGCUUUACUUGCAAGAUCCGCCCUCCUCGGACCUCCCACUGCAGUCUGUGUGACAACUGUGUUGAGCGAUUCGAUCACCACUGCCCAUGGGUGGGAAACUGUGUGGGAAAACGCAAUUACCGCUUUUUUUACAGCUUCAUCAUCUCUCUGUCCUUUCUGACAUCGUUCAUAUUUGGAUGUGUUAUCACACACAUCACAUUGCGUUCUCAAGCAGGUAAAUCCCUUGUUCAAGCCAUCCAAGAAAGCCCUGCAAGUGUGGUGGAACUGGUGAUUUGUUUCUUCUCCAUCUGGUCAAUUCUGGGCCUCUCAGGCUUCCACACCUACUUGGUAGCCUCCAAUCUCACUACAAAUGAAGAUAUCAAGGGCUCCUGGUCAAGUAAAAGGGGAGCAGAAGAGUCUGGGAACCCAUACAGUUACAACAACAUCUUAACCAACUGCUGUGUGACAUUAUGCGGCCCCAUGCCCCCAAGUCUGAUUGACAGGAGAGGUUUCCUACCGCCUGAUGAGGGGAUCCCUGCUGCUUCUUUCUCAGAGAUGGAACUGCCUCCCUUCACAGCCAAGAACGACGUAAACAUGUGCACUCAGAGCACCAAAGGCAUGCUGGAGAGGAUGGUCCACUCCUCUGACUUUCACAGCUUGUGCCCUCCAGGAACCCCAAAGACCACCCCACUGGUCCAGGAGGUUCCCAGUCCUGCAGCACCAACUCCAGAGCCUUCACCCACUGUUAGCUGUUCUCAACAAGAUCCCCACAAAUCUGUGGUAGCUCCGUGCCCCCCGUUUAACAGAAACAGCAAGAGAGAUUCGCUGCACUCGAUCAAUCCAGCCUUCCGCCUAGCUUCUCCCUCACCAUCACUCACCCGCACCACCCUGAUCCUGGGCGAUGCACCUGACAUUGGUUUUAUCCCGCUGCACUGAGUGCCGCUGGUCAGCAAAGGAGAAGAGAGGGAGUCUAAAUGAACAUAUUGCUCCUGCUCUGGUAAACACUGCCUGGCCCCCAAAAAAGUUGCCACAAAAAAAAAACAAACAAAAAAAAAAAAAAAACAUCACACACACUUAAUAUUCUUUUAGAACGCCUUUAGCUUAGAUUAUUCCAGCAUUUGUUGUGGUGGUAUUUGAAUAAGCUUCUGCAAUGUUACAAAAUUCCAUCUAUUGUUACAUUAAUUUUUCACCAAGAUCUUUAUUGAUAAUGGGAAAGUCUGACCACUGUGCAAAGCCUUGCCUUGUCAUCUUGUAACAUGGCCGUGUCAUCAGGGAAGAAAAAAAAAAUCCAAUGCUGGAAUAAUCUGCUCAUUCAGAAUAUUCAGGUAGUCAGCUGACCUCAUUCUUUGGACACAUAAUGUUGCUGAACACAGACCAGACCAACUGCACCACAGAUCAUAGCACUGCCUCCAGAGGCUUGUACAGUAGGCACUAGGCAUGAUGGGUGCAUCGCUUCAUCUGUCUCUCUUCUUACACUGACGCUCCCAUCACUCUGCAAAAGGGUAAAUCUGGACUUGGACCACAUGACCUUCCAUUGCUCCAGUCCUUAUCCAGUAAUUAUCCAAUAGGAAGCUCGAACCAAUUUGCUUUAUUUAAAUCCAGGUGGUGACUUUUUUCAUUGGCCAGUGUAUUCUGGCAAUGGUUUCAGCUACAAAAAUAACUUUUUACUUGUGGGGAUCAUGAUGCAUGUUGAUUUCAUCAAGUUAAAUCACUGGUGUCAUAUUGUUUAUGUCCUUCAGAAUGAGGGAAAAUCUUAGUAAGACAGAAGCACAAAAGAUAUUUUUUAAACACCUUUUUUAAGGCAUUCAGAUCAUGCCUCCACAUUUUCUGCAGAACCUCAAUAUUUAAGUUCCUUCUAAUAUCUUAUGCAAACAAAUGUUUAAAUCUGGGAAUAUUUAGAUUUUCACUGUGAAUGCAAGAAGUACAGAAAUACCAUUUUGAAUUUGUUGAAUGGACAAACUCUGGACAGUGAGACAUUUUAGGAUUAUCAGCUCAAAACUCAGCCUUAUGCUCUGUCAUUUCACUGCUCUUCAUUUGGAUCAUCUAAGUAUCAUUAGAUAGGUCUAGUUUAACAGUCUUGGAAGAUUAAUGAACAAUCUUUGAAAGAAAGGUGUUUAUAUUUAUUUUUAUGUCAUGCGAAAGCUUGGCUGCUGGGUUUUUAUAAUCAGUUAUGCAUGUCCAAGGAAAAUAGUGUGUGUUCUCUUUUUAUGAGGUAUCACAUUAGGAAACUAGUUUUGGAAAAAAAAUUAAGUGGAGUGAAUUUGUUAAGAUCUUUCCAUAAAUGAUGAAGUGAACUGUGUAGCUUCUCAGAAAAAGCGUCCACGUUUCAUAAUGUCCUCUUAACCCCACGCCUAAUAUUUCUGACCUCCAAACAAAGUAUUUAUCACAUUUGCUGCUUUCAUUCAGGACUUGGUCAGCAGUAUUUAUCAGUAACACACUGUUUACUUUUUAUAUAAUCUGCUGGGAUGCUUCUUAGAUUGUGUAUUUUUGUCAAAGGCACAUUAUAUGUAUGACACAGGCUCUUUGUAAAAAGGUUUUCCAGCAGAAUAAUGUCUCAGAAAUGCUGGUGAGGCUUCUUUCAUGCUUGUAACCUUUUCCUGCUCUUACAGCAUGAAACUAGAUCCUGUGUGAUAGAAAUAGAAUAGAAAACAGUUUAUUUCCAGAGGAAAUAGCGGCAGUUAGACUGUACCACAAGGGGGCAGGAUGUGACUUGUGGUUUGGUCUGAUAGCAGUUUACUAAGGUAGGCAGCACUAGGAAAAUGCCUUUUUAUGUUAUUUUUUUUAUUUUAUUUUUUUUUUUGUACUGAGCUUUGAAGCUGUAUUUGUGAGUUUGUGAAGAACCACUCUGCUGUAGUGGUUUACUUAUUUAUCAGUCUACAGCAAGACCUGUAGGUUGUGUAGACAAUUACAAGCAGUGCUUGUACAAACAGACUUGUUUGUAUUUUGUAGUGUAACAGUGGAUCUGUGAUAUUUGGUGAAUAAAUAUGUUUUUGUUGA